GCCUCGGGGAAGCGGAUGUGUACUACUGCCACGAGGGCGCGCUGCGAGCUGUGCGGCGCGGGAGCCGACGUGCGGUGCGAGGCCGACGCGGCGUUCCUCUGCGCGGCGUGCGACGCCGAGGUGCACGGCGCCAACUUCCUCGCCUUCCGCCACCGCCGCACGCGCGUCUCGCCGCCCAGCCCCGAGGGCGCGCUGUCCCGGACGUCCACGGCCGGAUCCGCCACGCCGCCGGCCGAGAGCCAGGGGCGGGGCGACGCGGUGCUCGAGUGCUGGGCCAGGCGGAUGGGGCUCGAGCCGGGGGCGGCGCGCCGGCGUGCCACGGCGGCCGGCCGCGCGCUGCGGGCCCAGGUCGCCGCGGCGCCGCCACGCGUGCCGCUGCGCGUCGCGAUGGCGGCCGUGCUGUGGUGGGAGGUGGCAGCCCACGGUGGCGUCCGCGAGCCCGGCGACGCGCUCCGGCGCCUGGAGGCCUGCGCGCACGUGCCGGCGAGGGUCCUGUUGGCGGUGGAGUCGUGCAUGGUGCGCGGCCGCGCCAAGAAGAGGACGGCCGCCGAAGGCUGGGGCGAGUGGUCGCCACCCCGCACAAGAGGCAAGACAAGACAGCAUCUUCUCCAAGACAUGACAAGACAUGACUCGUCCGUUUAGCAUAUUUCUUCUGUAAAGUUAAGUAAAGUUAGAUCAAACCUUGUUGUUUUAUGCCUUUUGUUCUCUUUGUCACUGAUGGAGUAUUGAUUUUCGUUAGAUGUAACCCAAAUACGUAGAAGAGCAAAGUGGGCGUGUUUCUUUCUUGGC